AUGGCUAAUCUACAAGUGUUACAUGUGUUAGAAUGGUUACCACCAGGACAAACGAUCGAGGAUUGUCUUAUGAAAGGCAAAAGCCGGCUAGAAUGUCACAAUUACAUACGAGUUAUGGUACGACAAUCUAAUGGACGUAGUCUUAUUUGUGGUACACAUGCAUAUUCUCCCAAAUGUCGGGAAUAUGCUUAUUCAGAUGAUGAUCGUAUGCUACAACUAAGACGUCAAUUUGAUGGACAGGCAAUUGCACCGUACGAUCCAAAACAUAAUUCAACUGCAGUUUACAUUGCUGAUGCUAAUGAAAUCUAUACAGGAACGGUAUCUGAUUUUGCUGGCAAUGAUCCACUUAUUUACAGGAAAAGAUUAUCAGAUGAUGAAGGAUUACGAACACAACGAGAUGAUCUUAAAGUACUUGAUUCACCAAAUUUCGUGGCAUCAUUUGUUUACGGUGAUCACGUUUAUUUUUGGUAUCGUGAAUGGGCUGCUGAAACAAGUGAUAACGAUCGACAGAUUUAUGCUCGAGUUGCAAGAGUUUGUAAGAGUGACCAUGGUGGUGCUCGUCCAGCACAUGAACGCUGGACAUCAUAUGUAAAAGCACGAUUGAAUUGUUCAAUUCCAGCAAAUACACCAUUUUAUUUCAAUGAAUUACAAGCGGUGACCGAACCAAUAUCAACAACAGGUGAUUCAUCAUCUUAUGUUUACGCUGUUUUUUCAACACCUGAAAGUAAUGUCCAAAUGUCAGCUAUAUGUGCAUAUCGAAUGGAAACUAUUAAACGAAUUUUUGAUUAUGGACAUUUUAAAAUUCAAAAAACAGCUCAAAGUUUUUGGACACCUUAUAGGCCACAUGAAAGUAUGCCUAUUCCAAGGCCUGGUUCGUGCGUUACAGAUUCAUCAAAACUAUCGGAAAAUAUUGUUUCAUUUAUUGCACGCAAUCCAUUAAUGCAUGAAGCAGUACCUGCAAUACAUUCAAGACCAAUCCUUGUUCAAGGACCUGAACGUGCAUCAUUUACACAGAUUGCUGUUUCACCAAAAGUUCAUUCUGUUAAAAAAGGUGUAACACAUAAUGCAUUAUACAUUGGUACGUCAGAUGGACGUGUCCUAAAACUUUAUGAUCCUCAAGAUGGUCCUACCACAAUCGUUCAAUCGGUGAAAGUUUUCGCCAAAAAUUUACCAAUUGUUAAUUUAAUGGCUACUAAUGAACAGUUAAUUGUGGUCAGUUCAGACGAAAUUGCUGCAAUACCACUGGAAUACUGUUCAGAACAACGAAAUUGUGCAGGUUGCGUGCAUUUGCAAGAUGCACACUGUGCAUGGGAUUUAGAUAGUGCACGUUGUAUUGGUCGAAGUACAUGGUCAGGCGAAAAUUUUGUCCAAAAUAUAAUUCUCGGACAAUCAGAACAAUGUCCUGAAGGUGCUAUUAACCCUGAUUACUAUGCAAUUGAUGAGUUACAUUCCGAACGUGUCACCUCAUCGGAUGAUAAAACGGCUAAUUUCGGUAGUGAACGACUUGUUAUUGCUGUUUUAAUAACAAUGGUUAUUGCAUCAGCAUGUGGUUUUUUUGCUGGCUAUCGAUUGUCCAGAUGGAGAUUGAUACAAGAUGGUCAACAUCAUUCAUCCACUUCUUCUACUGGAAGUUAUGAUUCGUAUGGACGUGCUCGAUUAACACGUCAUGAUUCUUUAGCUGGUGCUAAAUUGGAGCAUGUUUAUGGUGUAACAUCUGGAAAAGAUGCUGUAUCAUUGAUUUCUGGUAUACCUCAAAAUGGUACACCAUUUUUAAAUACCGGUAGUAAUAUUAAUUCCGGUUUUACGACACCAAAACAUUCUACGGAAAAAAAUUAUGUAACAUGUUUGAAUAACAGUACUCUACCACGGGAUUAUAAAGUUAAAAAAGUUUAUUUAUAG